GUGGGAUCGCUCACCGUGUUUUCACAGUUGAUCAAGAUGGCCGCGAAUAUUUUGUGGAGGGGCUUGAGCUGAAUUCACGCCACACUCGGAGCGAUUGUGAUGUUGAGAGUCCCGAUUCGUACGCCCGCGUCAAAACACCUGCCGAAGAUUGCUACGUGACCACCUUUUGGUCUUCUUGAGUUCAGAGCUGUAGAAGAGUGUGAUAUUGGCCACCUCAAGCAAGUCUAAUGAAGCGAGCGGCUGCAAAGCAUUUAAUCGAGCGCUACUACCACCAGUUAACAGAGGGCUGUGGAAAUGAGGCCUGCACGAAUGAGGCUUGUGGCUCUUCACCGGUUUUCCAGCGCAUGGAUAACAAUGCAGCGGCCAUCAAGGCCCUGGAGUUGUAUAAGAAUAAUGCCAAACUGUGUGAUCCUCAUCCCUCUAAGAAAGGAGCCAGUUCAGCCUUCCCAGAGAACAGUGCCAAAGGAGCUCACAACUUCUCUGCGUGCAGUAACGGGAAGAUGAACCAUAAGGACCUGCAACCCACACGGGAGGACUUUAGAGAUCUGAAUUACUUGACUGAAGAGAAGGUGUAUGAAAUUCUGAGCCUGUGUAGUGAGACUGGGGACUAUUCUCCUUUAAUCCGUGUCAUCGGUAGGGUUUUCUCCAAUGCGGAGAGCCUGGUCCAGAGUUUCCGCAAGGCAAAGCAGCACACCAAGGAGGAGCUCAAGUCCCUCCAGGCCAAGGAUGAAGACAAGGAUGAAGAUGAGAAAGAGACGGCUUCCGGUUCAUCCGCAGCCAUGGAGGUGGAAGCCGAGGCUUCAGCGUCAGCCGGGGACGGGUCGUCUCACGGGGAGAACAACGUGCAAAAGUUGGGCCCUGUAGAAGUUUCUGUAGACAUCGAAGCGGUAAGAAGAGUGUAUGACAGACUGUUAUCGAACGAGAAGAUCGAAGCAGCAUUCCUCAACGCAUUAGUCUACUUGUCGCCCAACGUAGAAUGUGACCUCACCUAUCACAACGUGUACGCAGCCGACCCCAAUUACCUGAACGUCUUCAUCAUCAUCAUGGAAAACGGUAACCUCCACAGUCCGGAGUAUCUGGAGAUCGCCCUGCCGCAGUUCUGCAAGGCCAUGAGCAAGCUACCUCUUCCCGCUCUGGCCAAGCUGGCGCGGUUGUGGUCGCAGUACGGCGUCGACCAGAUCCGACGACUGGUGGAGACCUUCCAGCAGCUAAUAACCUACACGGUCAUCAGCAACGAGUUCAGCAGCGACAACCUGGUCAACGAGGACGAUGGUGUGGUGGCGGCUAACAAGUGCUUGAAAAUCGUCUACUAUGCAAACGUUCUGGGCGGCGACCUGGACAUGGAUCACAACGAGGAGGAGGACGAUGAACCCAUCCCGGAGUCCAGCGAGCUGACCCUGCAAGAGCUGCUGGGGGAGGAAAGACGCAAUAAGAAAGGCCCACGCGUGGACCCGCUGGAGACGGAACUGGGCAUCCGUACCUCGGACUGUCGAAAACCCCUUAUCCCCUUUGAGGAGUUCAUCAAUGAACCUCUUAAUGAGGUGCUGGAAAUGGACAAAGAUUACACCUUCUUCAAGGUGGAGACAGAAAGCAAGUUCUCCUUUAUGACGUGCCCGUUCAUUCUUAACGCUGUGACAAAGAAUCUAGGGCUGUACUAUGACAACCGAAUCCGCAUGUACAGUGAGCGCAGGAUUACUGCCCUCUACAGUCUGGUGCAGGGACAGCAACUCAACCCCUAUCUGCGACUCAAAGUGCGCAGAGACCACAUCAUAGAUGAUGCUCUUGUCAGGCUGGAGAUGAUUGCCAUGGAAAACCCAGCAGACCUGAAGAAGCAGCUGUAUGUGGAGUUUGAAGGAGAGCAGGGAGUUGAUGAAGGAGGAGUAUCUAAAGAGUUCUUUCAACUGGUUGUAGAGGAGAUCUUUAACCCAGAUAUAGGCAUGUUUACCUAUGAUGAAAGCACAAAACUUUUCUGGUUCAACCCUUCAUCUUUUGAAAAUGAAGGCCAGUUCACCUUGAUAGGCAUUGUAUUGGGCCUAGCUAUCUACAAUAACUGCAUUCUUGAUGUGCACUUCCCUAUGGUGGUUUACAGAAAACUGAUGGGAAAGAAAGGAACGUUUCGAGACCUUGCAGACUCCCAUCCGGUUCUUUAUCAGAGUCUGAAGGAUCUCCUGCAGUAUGAAGGUAAUGUGGAGGAAGAUAUGAUGAUUACCUACCAGAUCUCACAGACAGACCUGUUUGGAAACCCACUAAUGUAUGAUUUAAAGGAAGGUGGCGACAAAAUCCCAGUUACCAAUGAAAGCAGAAAGGAGUUUGUGGCCCUCUAUGCAGAGUACAUGCUGAACAAAAGUGUAGAGAAGCAGUUCAAGGCCUUCAGAAGAGGAUUCCACAUGGUCACUAAUGAAUCCCCAUUGAAGUAUCUGUUUCGAUCGGAAGAAAUUGAGCUGCUUAUAUGUGGCAGCAGGAAUCUCGACUUUCAAGCACUUGAAGAUAGUACAGAGUAUGAUGGUGGAUACAACAAAGACUCCCAUAUUAUUAAAGAUUUUUGGGAGACUGUGCACUCGUUCGGACAGGAACAGAAGAGGUUGUUUCUACAGUUCACCACUGGCACAGAUAGAGCUCCAGUUGGAGGUUUGGGCAAACUCAAGAUGAUCAUUGCCAAAAAUGGCCCCGACUCAGACAGGUUACCCACCUCUCAUACUUGCUUCAAUGUGCUGCUCCUCCCUGAAUACUCCACCAAGGAGAAACUUAGAGAGAGACUCCUUAAAGCCAUCACUUACGCCAAAGGCUUCGGCAUGCUCUGAGACACCAGGAUCUGCGAAAGAACUCACUCGUUUGUCCGUCAAAGGAGAAAUAUUCUACAUCGACAACUUAAAGUAAAUAUCAAGUUUAAACGUAAGGCAACGUGAAAUGGGUUAAAAUGGGAACGUUCUGGUGACCUGUGCCUAAAAUAGUUGAUAAAACCACACUGGACUCUUGGCUCUCUCCCUCUUAUGUAAGUGUUAUGGCUCCCUUUUUGUAUGCACUGAGAUUUAGCAUUAUUUAUUUUAAGGGAUAAAAUCUCUUACGUCAUGUCUGCCAGGAAAUCGGCUCAUUUUUUGUUCAUUUAGAGGUUAGAGGUUUUCCAACACCUGCAGGACUGAUCACCAUGUAAACUUAAUAGAACAAUGAGAUCAAAGGGAGAAAGCGGAAGUUUAUCGGUGUGUAAUGGUUGAACUGUGAAAGUGCACUUAACUCAAUAUUCAGAAUGUCGUCUUUGUUGUUUUUCUUUAGUUUUUCUGCCCUUUCUUUAAUUAUGGUUCACAUGUCUUCCCUAGUUUAUUCGCACUUAUGGCAAAAUGCUUUCAAAGGUACAGAGAAAAUCCAGUCUCAGUUUUGUCCAGGAACCUGUAUUUAUUGAAGGACUGCAUUGUUUGUAAUGCCGCUUGGCGAAUUGUGCUGCUUUUUUACGGCCAGUGUUCCACAUUUCACUUUCUAACAUUGUCUCUCUCAAUUGAUGUCAAUCUCGUGGUGCACUCCUGACAAAACAAGAAGUGUUACAAGAAAAAUCUAAUCUUCCCAUCUUUUGCAAAGCUUUUCUAAAACGGUUUUGUUAUUUUGUUUCCUGUCUUGUUUUAAUUCAAAAUUGUGGACUUUUUAGUAUACUAAAUUGACAGUGCCCCAUUGAAGAAACUGUGUUUAUAUUUUAGUUGCUUUGUUUUUUGCUCUGCACAGUGUCUGGCCCGAAUUGCUAUACUGUUGGAUGAAAAUGAGGGGAAAAUGGCACAAAUUGUACCACUGUCUCGUUGUGCCAAACAUUUAUGCUGAGAAUCGCCGCUCCGGUUUGUCCAGGCAUAGCUGGAAACCAAACUUUAGCAAUGUUCUUUUUUGUUUACCCUCUUGCAUAUUAAAUGUAACUGUGGUUUGUUCUACUGCUGAUGGCGCUAACAUAAAAGGGGGAAAUAGAACUUGAUAUUGAGAAUGAAAACAUUCGAUUGUUUCAGAUUAUUCUUAAAUAAAUUCAAAACUGAAAAACAAACGACUGUGUGGAAAUGU